AUGGAAAUAGCCGAAUGGGAUAGACUUUGGCAAGUAGUUCAUGAUACGCCUGAUGACUUUAAUUCUUGGGAACAACUUAUUAGAUUUACAGAAACAAUGGAUGGUGGCCUUACUAAAACAUCACCUCCUGAAAAUAUCACUCGUUUAGAAAACGUUUAUGACAGCUUUUUAGCCAAGUUUCCUUUAUGUUUUGGUUAUUGGAAAAAAUAUGCUGAUUGGGAAUUAACCAUUCGAGGUGAUGAAAGUGCUGAAAAAAUUUUUGAAAGAGGUGUAGUAGCCAUUCAAAAUUCUAUUGAUCUUUGGAAUCAAUACAUUGAUUUUAAGCUUUCUCGUUCUACUUCUAAUGAAGACAUGGAAAGUUUAUUUGAACGAGCAGCAAAUUGUAUUGGUCUUGAUUUUCUCGCACAUUCUUUUUGGGACAAAUAUCUUGAAUUUGCUGAGACACGACUUGCAAACCCUAAACGUGUUUUAGAAUUACUAAAUCGAAUUGUUUUGAUUCCUAUGCAUCAAUAUGCACGUUAUUAUGAAAAAUGGAGAAACAUUCGUGCUAACAUGAAUCCCUCUGAAGCGCUCAAACCAGAACAAUUAGAACAGUUCACAAAAGAAAUUAAAGAGGAAAAGAAUAUAACUGACCCUUCUGAAGUUCAGAUAGCCUUAAAGGAAAAGUUCGAUAAUCAAACAGCUACAGUUUAUAAAUCCACACAAGAUGGUACAAAUAAACGUUGGGUUUAUGAAGCAGAAAUUAAAAGAUCUUAUUUCCAUGUUAAACCUUUGGAUCGACCUCAGCUUCAAAACUGGAGUAAAUAUCUUGAUUUUGAGGAAUCUCAACAAGAUAAAACUCGUAUUUGCGCACUUUAUGAAAGAUGUCUUGUCCCAUGCGCACAAUAUGAGGAAUUUUGGUUAAGAUAUGGACAAUGGUUAACAAAAAAUGAUUUACUAGAACAGGCUAAACAUGCUUACGAAAGGGCUUCAUAUAUAUUCUUACCACGCACUUGUUGUACAGUUAAGAUUUCUCUUGCUUUAAUUCUAGAAGAAGAGGGACGUAUUGAAGAAGCUAGAAAGGUAUUCAAUGGUGUUUUAGAAUCUAUGCCUACACAUGUUGAAACAAUUUUAAACUAUGUUCAUUUUGAACGUAGACAAAAUCCCUCCGCGUUUGAAAGUAUCAUUCAUACAUAUAUUCAUUCUGAACAAUUGAACGAAGCUUCCAAAGCUUUCUUUACAGUUCAAUAUGCUAAAUAUUUACAACAAAAUAAUCAAGCUGAUAAAGCAAGAGAAAUUUAUUCAUCCUCAGCCAAGAUGUACUCUCAAAACAAAUAUUUUUGGAUGAAUUAUAUUAACUUUGAGCUUAGUUUCUUUGGUAAAUUCUAA